AUGGAGUCAUCCUCAGCGAGCGCGUCCCCAGCGCCGCGCGUAGCGCUGACGCCGGCAGAUGUGAAGAAGCUGAUGGACGUGGCGUUGCGCAUGCAGCGCGCGGGUCAGAAGAGCCACCCGAAGUACCAGCAGAUUGUUGCGCUGCUGCGCGAGUACCAGCGGCAGCGCCAGCCGCCGCCACCGACUCAGAUGUCCCCAGCGGUAGCAGCGAAUCUGAUGCCGUCGACUCAGACGCCCGCGCCACUCGACGUGGCGGCGAACCCGUUCCUGCAGCACAAACAACCCACGAUUUUUUCGGAAAAACAGCUGGAAUACCUGCAUAAUCAGAUCCGUGCGUACAAAGCGCUGUGUCACUCGAUGGAUACAGCGAUUGCCCAGGCCAAACAAGUGGACGCUGCUGCGGACAGCACGUCACGAGCAAUGGCUCCUCCUCCUGCUGCUGCUGCUGCUCCUACUACGGCUCCUGUUGCUAGUGCUGUGUUUAGUGCUGCUACUGCUGCUGCUGUAGCUACUGGUCCCGAGGCGGUGGCGACGACGGCCGAUCCGGCUGUACUGGAGCUCCUUACGCCAAAGUGGACGCGCGCCGCUCGUAACUUACUGUACAUUGGUCCAAAGUAUCUGGAUGGAGACCUCAUUAAUAUUGAGCACAAGAGCCAAGCGGGCGUUGGGCCGUACAAUAUCUGUACGCCGUCGCUCGGACUGAACGACGUGGCACUAAAGGUGCGGUUCAUGCAGACGUUGCAGCAGUUUCUGACGUCGAGUCUCGAGAAGAUGGAGAGUUAUCAUGGAGAGCUGGAUGAGAACGAGCAACGCACGCUGAGGGAUCUGCGCUGUGUGUUGCUGCAGCAAAAGCUGCGCCGUCAUGUGGCGAAAGCGCAUGCAACGCGGCUGGCGCUGCUAGGAGAGCCGUCUGCAGUCGAUCGUCGGUCGUUUCGACGCCGGCGGCCAGUGUUGCGCGUCGAACUGCAGAGUGACGAGCGGGAGAAGCGCAAGAAAUCUGUCGCGAUGGAAAAAAAGCGGCGGGCGGACCAUCAAAUGUACUUGAAGGCUAUACUAAACCACUCGCGCGAGUUUUUUGCGUACCACAAGAAUGUAAAGGCACAGGUGAGCAAGUUUUCGAAGUCCGUCAAGGCCAUAAUCGAUCAGCGUGCGUCAAAGGCCGAGCGCGAGGAAGACCGUCAAGAGAAACUGCGUCUUAAGGCACUGAAAGCGAACGAUAUGGAAGCGUAUGGCAAGUUGGUAGCCGAGGCCAAGAAUGAGCGCUUGACAUACUUGCUGAGCCAGACGAACAGUUAUUUGGACAGCAUCCGUCAAUUGGUGCGUCAGCACAAACGAAAGCACCACGUCGUCGAUGAGUUCACGGCACGAUACGACGCGCACCAUGAAGACGGAAAGGAUACUAGUACCGACGACCAGGACGACGAUCUGAAUUAUCUUGAGAUCGCGUCGAAAGGCGAGCUGCCGCGGCAGCCGUUCAUGCUUGUCGGUGGUGAUCUGAAGGAGUAUCAGCUGCGCGGCUUGCAAUGGAUGGUUUCUCUGUAUGACAACCACUUGAACGGCAUCUUGGCCGAUGAAAUGGGACUGGGUAAGACGAUACAGUCCAUUUCGCUGCUCACGUACGUGACAGAAGUCAAACACAAUCACGGUCCGUUUCUCGUGGUGGUGCCGCUAUCCACUUUGUCGAACUGGGUGAAUGAGUUCAAGAAGUGGGCGCCCGAUCUCGUCAUUGUGGUGUACAAGGGACCUCCUCAGGUGCGCAAAGACCUCCACAAGCUGGAGAUGGCGUCGUGUCAGUUCAAUGUACUGCUGACAACGUAUGAGUACAUCAUGAAAGACAAGCACGUGCUGCGUAAGUACGACUGGCAGUACAUCAUUGUGGACGAAGGGCACCGCAUGAAAAAUGCUCAAAGCAAAUUUGCCAUGACUCUUGGAAGUAUGUACACUUCACGUAACCGGCUGCUACUGACGGGCACGCCCUUACAGAAUAGCCUACCUGAACUGUGGGCACUUUUGAACUUCCUACUGCCAACAAUUUUCGAGUCUGUGGAUACGUUUGAGCAAUGGUUUAGUAAGCCGUUUGCCCAGUUCUCCGGCAACGGCGACUCGAACGAGCUGUCUGACGAAGAGCGCAUGCUUGUGAUCAACCGGCUGCACCAGGUCUUGCGUCCUUUCCUGCUGCGCCGCGUGAAGGCUUCUGUUCUUGACCAACUUCCUGACAAAGUGGAGAAGGUGCUGAAAUGUGAGCUCUCGGGCUGGCAGAAAAUCAUGUACCGUCGUAUUCAAGAAGGAGGCGCACUUCUUAUGGAAACAACGGAUAACACGGGCAAAGCGAAGGGAAAGGCAAAGUACACAUCUAAGGGGUUGUCGAAUGUGCUUAUGCAGCUGCGCAAGGUGUGCAACCACCCGUACCUUUUCCAGACCAAUGGGUACCAGAUUGACUUUGACAUCGUGCGUUCAUCAGGCAAGUUUGAGCUGCUCGAUCGCAUGUUGCCGAAGCUGAAGGCUGCCGGUCACCGCGUGUUGAUGUUCAGCCAGAUGACGCAGUUGAUGCACGUUCUGGAGGACUAUUUCAACUACCGUGGCUUCCGUUAUCUUCGCCUAGAUGGUUCGACGAGUGCUGACGAACGUGAGCAACGAAUGUUCAUGUUCAACGCGCCGGACUCGCCCUUCUUUGUCUUCCUCCUGAGUACGCGUGCCGGCGGUCUCGGAUUGAAUCUCGCGACAGCAGACACAGUGAUUAUCUUCGACAGCGAUUGGAAUCCUGCCAUGGACGCGCAGGCUCAGGACCGUGCCCACCGUAUCGGUCAGAAGAACGAAGUGCGUGUUUUUAGGCUUGUCACGAACAGCCCCGUGGAAGAGAAGAUUCUCUCGCGUGCGACAGACAAGAUGAAUAUGAACAAUCUUGUCGUGGAAGCCGGCAAGUUCAACAAUCGCUCGAAGGAGGCAGAGCGACGCGCGAUGCUUGAGAGCCUCAUCAAGAUGGAGCAAGAGGAAGCAGCGCACGCCGCUACUGGUGAUGAUGAAGCUUCGACCGUCCUAAUGGAUGACGAGAUAAACGAAAUCAUGGCGUUGACGGAUGAGGAACUCGCUUUGUAUCAACGACUAGACUCUGAGCGCGUAAGCCGUGAGGCAAAAGAAUGGGACGAGUAUUGUCGGCAGUACAAUAUUCCACACACGCCCCGUUCUCGACUGAUGUUGGAGAACGACGCUCCGGCAUGGCUGCGCGAAGCCAACAAAAUCAUGGAGCACGACAUUGCAACGGGAAAGCACGACAAGGAUGCUUGGAACUUUGACGUGGAUGCCGUUUCUGGCAAACCUCGCAAGCGCAAGGAAAUGUCGUACCGGGAUCAAUUUACAGAUGCAGAGUUUGUCAAGAUGUGUGAGGACGGCGUCGAUGAUCAGGCAAUGAAGUUGGCGUCGAAGAGUUUUCAGGAAAGCACGCACCGUAAACGGAAACGCGGCGUAGACGAAGAUGUUGUGGUCGCUGCUGUCGAGGCUACGGGCAAUCGUUAUGAGGAGGACGAGGCAUCGAGGCGUGAGCGCAAGAUGCUGUGCUACUACUACCGAAAGAUCUAUGAUGCUGUUGUCAAACUCAAGGACCCUACGGGACGCCUACGAUCUGAUCUGUACGUGGAGAAGCCCUCGACGGUGGACUAUCCCGACUAUUAUACGAUCGUGAAGCACCCGAUGGACCUGAUCACCAUCAAGGCGCGCCUUGACGAUUACUUCUAUGCGUCACACGAACAGUUUGAGGGCGACUUUGAUCUCAUGGUGGGCAAUGCCCAGCUCUACAAUCACCCCGACUCGCUGGUUGUCUUUGACGCGCUUGAAAUUGACAAGUGCGUGAAGUCGAAGAUGAAGCCCCUGCGCCUUAAGACAAUGGAGCAGAUCGCCAUCGCUUACGAGAAGGCGAAGAAAGACCAUAAGCGUCGUGCGAAGAACCGCAAGGAAAAGAAGCGGCGUCACCAUUAA